AUAGUUAGAUGAUAAUAACAUGUAACAGUUUGGAACCUACAAUCACUAAGAUAAAUAUUUAUUUUCUAAAAAAUUAUUAAGCUAUAAAUAUAAUUAAUAUUCAUCAUUAAAAAAAAAACUUCUUUACAGCAAGAGUUUACUGGCUUCUUUCUGUGCUGUCUUCGUGGAAGGUAUUUAUCGACGCCCUAACAAAAGCAGCCCUUUGACCAAACGCGAUGACAGACCUCUGGGACUUUCAAACAGAAAGUUCUCUUCAAUUAAAACACACUUGUCCCCAAUUAAGUGCAUACCCGUGAAGGGCAGCGGGUGUGUGACAGGAAAAUCCACAUCUUUUGUUUUGAUGAGGUCCUCCCCUUUUCACCAAGCUGACGACAAACGGUUGUCAGUUCAGAGUGGGAACUCAUGGUCAGGCCAUUGUAUGGGACCCUCAGGCCCUGGAAAGGUCAGCACCACCCGGCCUUGUGGAAGAACAUCUGCUUUCCAAACCUCGUCCGUCCUUUGAAAACUAACAGCCACAUCUCAUGACCUUAUUUCAGUUGAUGAAGAUGAUGGGAGACGUGAAUGAAAAAACUCCAGAAAAAAAGACAACAGCGAAUUAUUGCUUCAAUCAAGUUUUAGUCAAAAAAAAGUCACAAAGCAUAAUUUAUCUGCAACAUUGGAUUUUCAUCAUACUAUUACAAUCAUGCGGUUGAACUCAACCUUCACAUGCGUCUUCUUUCCUGAGACUCUGCACGACCAUCAUUCCUCUGGGGUUGGACAGGGAUGCGGGCGAGCUCACAGACUGCAGUGUAACAAUGUGACAUCAUACCUCACCAUCACUUACGAGGUAACCGCGCGGCGGUAGACCGGGGUCAGAGGUCACAGCGGGCCGCUGUGUGAAUCGGGAAACUGGUAAGAAAUGAAUGAAACCCCAGAAACGACGGUGAACUCCAGGGGAAGGACGGACUUCAUUCUUCCAAAAGGACGAACAUUGAAGUCGGUGUUGGUCGGACUCUUUGAAGUGUUUAGAGGUCUGGUGACUGCUCGGCCAUAUCAGUUAUGCAUGCGAUAUUUUCUGCUAACUUGAAAGCGCCACAGGCCGACAAAUCAAUUUUUCAAGAAAUAGUAAUUGAAUCAUUUUAGAAGUUGAGUAUUCAGGCAUGUGUUCUACAUUAGUCACUUCUUCAGCUUUUGGACACCGACCUGGCCGACCAAACGUAUGUGAGGUUGACUGAUGAUGAAUCAUCUCUGAUAAUUCCAUUCCAUCUCCCUCUCUCUCUCUCUCUCUCUCUCUCUCCGGCUCUCCUUGGACGUCCCCCCCCCCCUUUUCUUUCUCUCCCUGCCCUCCAUCUCACCCUUCUUCCCGCUCUUAGUCACCGCACGGAUGUGUCAUUGUUUCUAUCACUUCAGUGGUUCAUGCCCGCUGGAGCGCAGCGAGGUGAUCUCCGGAUCUUCACCCCCUCCAAACAAACCACCGCCUCCCGAUUUUUCCCAAUUUGACGGCGUCGCCGACACCUUCCUCCUGCCAGGCCCGCCGGGUGGGGUGGGGGGGCCACGUGACGGCGCUGACCACACCUCCGGGCCCGCGGGGCCUGCAAAGGAUGUAUAAAUAAGGCAGCAAGGCGAGGAGUGGGAGCAGAAUCUGACCGGACCAGAUGAAGAUGGAGCUCGCCGGGGUCAACUGGAUGCUCGCAGCCGCGGCGUUUCUCCUGUGUGCCAGCGGCGGCUCUUCUGCGCCGAUGCUGUGCCACUUCGACUCCAGAGCACUGUGCGAGUUCGAAGGGAGGCACUUCUCGCUGGGGGAGAGCUGGAUGGACGACGCUUGUAUGCAGUGCACCUGCCUGCAUCCGGUCGGCGUCGGCUGCUGCGAGACGGUGCAUCGGCCGGUGGAUUUCCCUGCGUGGUGUGAGGUGCGCGUGGACUCAGCCACGUGCAAAGCGGGCCUGGUCCAGACAGCCGACCCCCGCCUGGCCUGCUACCCUGGCGAGGAAAUCAGGGACCCCGGCCACGGGUCGCUUCAGCCGCACCUCAUGGGGUAGAGAACCGCUCCGACCAGCACCUAUCUGCUCGGCCCGUGCAGACCAAUGGCCACCAUAGUAAAACAACAGUAACCCUUUCAUUUACAUACCGUACUAAUGUAAAGCUUUAACAGCAUCUGUACUUUGUUUGAUUGUAUUAUCAAUGAAGGAAAUGUGAGUGAGGUGUGUCUGUGAAAAAUAUAUUUAAGUCAAAUAUAGCGGAGAAUAUUUUUAAAACCGAACUCACCAAAUGAUGGACCACAGUAACACACUGUCCGAUUCUUUGAUUACUCCAAUAAUUAAUAACUGUAUAUAUAUAUAUUUUGACCUGCUCUCUGUUGUAACCCCUUUAUGCUCUAAAUAAA